UUUACCAUUUCUAGGGUUGUGUCGAAGGCGUGCGGAGGAGCGUUCACCGGAGGAGGCGGAGCUGCGGCGCGAGUGCAAUUUGCCAUGGCGACGCAGAUGAGCAAGAAACGGAAGUUUGUAGCGGACGGAGUUUUCUUUGCCGAGUUGAACGAAGUCCUGACGAGGGAGCUCGCGGAGGAUGGCUAUUCUGGUGUCGAGGUCAGGGUUACUCCCAUGCGAACUGAGAUCAUUAUCCGAGCGACGCGCACCCAGAACGUACUUGGUGAAAAGGGGAGAAGAAUUAGGGAGCUGACGUCGGUGGUGCAGAAAAGAUUCAAAUUUCCUGAGAACGGCGUGGAGCUCUAUGCGGAGAAGGUGAAUAACAGGGGACUCUGUGCCAUUGCUCAGGCUGAAUCGCUGCGCUAUAAGCUUCUCGGUGGCCUCGCUGUUCGAAGGGCCUGUUAUGGUGUAUUGAGGUUUGUCAUGGAGAGUGGUGCAAAAGGAUGCGAGGUAAUUGUAAGCGGAAAACUUAGGGCUCAGCGAGCUAAGUCUAUGAAGUUCAAAGAUGGAUACAUGAUUUCUUCUGGUCAGCCAGUUAAGGAAUACAUUGACUCAGCAGUGAGGCAUGUUCUCCUCAGACAGGGUGUUCUUGGAAUCAAGGUCAAAAUCAUGUUGGACUGGGACCCAAAGGGGAAGCAGGGCCCGACCACCCCUCUUCCGGACCUCGUCACCAUCCACCCUCCGAAGGACGAAGAGGAAUACGUCAGGCCAGCACUCCUUGUGCCUGCAGACCUUCCUGUCGCAUGAUACUCAUCGCCUCUCUGUUUGCCUUCAGUCUUUGACACAUCACUUGGAUAAGCCUUUUGUUUUUUUUGCUUGCAACUUCUUUGAUCGUUUGUCUGUAAUUUUCUUUUGAUGAAAACUGAAAAUUAAAUGUUUUUAUUCUGUUUUUUUAAUCAAUUUUGGUUCUUAGCAAUGGAUAUUCUAUUCAAUUUUUAUAAAAACUUGUUUUCCUAUUAGGUACCCA